AAGAUGGCGGUGUGUGUAGCUGUAAUAGCAAAAGAGAAUUACCCACUUUACAUCCGCAGUACGCCUACAGAAAACCAGUUAAAGUUUCAUUAUACUGUGCACACUUCCCUGGAUGUUGUGGACGAGAAGAUUUCUGCCAUGGGGAAAGCAGUGAUGGACCAGAGGGAACUCUAUCUGGGAUUGCUCUAUCCCACAGAGGACUACAAAGUAUAUGGCUAUGUCACAAACUCCAAAGUGAAAUUUGUUAUGGUGGUUGACUCUUCAAAUACUUCUCUUCGAGAUAAUGAGAUCCGCAGUAUGUUCCGCAAAUUACAUAAUUCUUACACAGAUGUGAUGUGCAAUCCUUUCUACAACCCUGGAGAUCCCAUUCAGUCAAGGGCCUUUGAUAACACAGUCACAUCAAUGAUGGUGCCAGCAUGCUGAGAAAGGACCUUAACAGUCAAUGUAUAUUUAUGUCUGUGUGAAAUUUGGAGAGACGACGGGACCAUCCUGUUUUUUUUUGUGUUUUUUUUUAAACUGGACACUGAAGUUUUUUUGCAGACUGAGUUCAGCUAUGUUUUGUUUGCUCGGAAACUCAACAAAUAUUCUCACUGUCAUCCUCUCAGCUACUGUUUACUGUGUAAUUAUGUUUUUUUUUUUGGUGGCAAGGGAUCGUAAACACAGUUCUGAAAGCAUAUGUUACAAGAUGUAAUGUACACAAAUAGCUUGUGGCUUAUCGUGAAUAAGUUAUGCAACAUCCUUACAGACAGAGGAAACUACCUUUCAGUUGAUUCAAGUUGUAGGAGUAGGAAGUAGUAUAAUAUAAGUUAAUACCUUCCUUCUCUGUAUAUUCCUGGGCUGGUGCGCAUUCAUUUUGUGUACCUAGCUCCCUGGGGCAUCAGUGUGUGAAUGCGCUAACCUAAAGGUGCCAGAGAGUGACAUUGGGCUUCUAUGUGUGAAAAGUGGCACAGCAACCCAGUGCCCUAGGACUAAUAAAUACAGCCAGUCUUUAGACAGGGCCUUUAACCUUUAAAAAAAAGAACACUAUUUACCAGGAGGUUGCAUCCAUCACAUCUCCCCUUAAAGACAAUAAAAUGAUUUCAUAUAUA